AUGGAUCGAGGGCGAAAGAAAAGGAAAACCGUUGAUUUAAUUAAACUGAAACAUGAAUAUUGGGCAAACGUUUUUACUGGAGUAAUUGAUAUUUUACGGAAUACUGAAAAACUCAAUGAUGAUAAUAUUAUUACAAUUAAGAAUGUUGCUGAUAAACACAAGUCACGUCUACUUAUUGCUAGAUAUUCUAAAUCUCUUGAUACUCAUGGUAAAUUUCCUACACCUAUUCUAUUAUCUGGACUUUAUGAGAGAUUAAUUUCUUUAAUUGCAAACGACGUUAUAACUCAAACUAAAAAAGAACUAGAAAAUGCUAUGUAUUUUUCAAUGUCUAUUGAUUCUGUACCAGAUACUGAUGAAUCGGCAAUUUACAUUCGGUAUGUUGAUGAUAAAGGUAUACCAAAGAAGCGUUUUCUGGAUAUUAUAAAUAUACGAGGAGACGAUUGUUUACAGUUAAUUAAUAUACUCCAUGUGACAUUAGAUAAAUAUAAUUUAAGCCACAGUGGUUUUAUGGGACUAUCAUAUAAUAUUAAUAGUAACAUACCUAAACACAGAGCUAGCUUAAAGUCUUCCCUAAAAUCAAUAAACAAAUUUGCUGAAAUUGUGCCAUGUUCUUCGGAUCCUCUAAGUUUAGUUGUGAUUAAAGCAGUAUCUUCUUGCAAUGAAGGCAGUGUAUUUUUUACAACAAUUGAUGAACUAUUUAAUUUUUUUUUAUUUUUUCAAAAUCAGUGGGAUGAUGUCAAAUUUUUGUUUAAAGAUCUGUCUUAUGAUAAAUUUUCAUCAAAAAAUAAAACACGUCAAUGUCUUAACAAAAAUUGGUCAACGAUAGUAUAUGCAUUGUUUCAUAUAUCUAAAAACAUAAGUUUUUCAUACACAAUUCGUCUAAACGCUUUUUUGGUUUUGCAAAAAGUAAAACGAUUGGAAACAUGUAUCAUAACAAUGUUUUGGGAAGAAAUUAUUGGAAAAAUUAAAGAACUAGAAAAGAAUUUACAAAAAUAUGUAUCUACAGAAAUUAAUUUCCUUAAGAUUUUUGAGAUUUACCAAUCAUUAAUAAGCUAUUUAAAUGAUUUUCGGACCAAUGAAAAGUUUAUGGAUUAUAAGACUUGUGCAUUUGAAAAAUCUAAUAUUCUACAUUUCAAUAAUAGCUUUCAUACCGAGAAACCACAAAUGAGAUUUCCUGUUGGUUAUGUAGAUGAAACCGAUCAAUUUAAAAUUAAUACUUACUUUUACAUGAUAGAUGAGAUACAAGCUGAAUUACAAUACAGAAAAGAUAUUUAUUGGGAUUUAACAUCAAAAUUCAACUUUUUAAAUAAUAUCUCAACAAUAACAGAUGCUGAAUUAUACCUUGCACUUGAACAUCUUCUAUGUAUAUACUUAGAGUAUAUAGAUUACCAUAUUUCUAUCGAAUGUGAUCAAUUAAAAAACAAUUCGAAUAAUAUAAAAAGAACCCUAACUUCUAUUAGAGAAGUCAGUACUUUUAUACCAUCAAAUAAAAUCUUUUUUGAACAGCUUUCAAAAGUAAUAAAAAUGGCACUGUGCAUUUCAGCUACUAAUUGUAAGGUUGAACAUUCCACCUUCUCAGUAUUGGAAAAAGUUAUAACUUCUUUGAAACCAAUUACAAGUGAAGACACCUAUAACUCAUUAUUAAUCAUAAAUAUGAAUCAUGAACUUCUCAAAAACUUAGACUUUAAAAAUGUUAUUAAAGACUUUGCUGGCAGCCAAUCAACUGAAUCAUUGUAA